GCGAUAGUCUUUAUCUUCAUUCGAUUUUAUUAUUAUCAUCAUCAUUUCAAUGUCUGCUUCAGUAACGUUCACUACGUAUUAGCCGCAACUUUUAUGCUACGGAAAAUCUUCCAAUCACCUUAUACAUAAAUGACCUUCGUGUGCUGAGCAUCUCAGUCAGCCGUUUGUGCCUCAAACCUACGUUGGCGGAUGCUGUAUACAGAAAUGGACCGUCCCAGAGCUGUAUGCAGUGUUUGUAGUAGAGAAGUUCCUGAUAACCAAGCCUCCUACUGGUAUAGUUGGUGGAAGUUUAGCAUUCUUCAAAUAGUGUUCAGUGUGAAUCUCUGUUAUACUGUAGCGAUAAAUGCAGAACAUUGGAUUGGGAAUCUCCAAGCAACCCUGAUCAUAGUCACCAACUUUGGUGCAGUAGGAUGAAAGAGUUUAUGGAUUUUGAACCUUUACUUCAAAGACUACCCUUCAACUUUGCCCCAAGUAAAUCACAACACGUAUAUUCUAAAAUAUUAAGUGACUACUGCUUCAGACUUCUCUCAUGUUAAACUGGAGCAGUUACUCUCCCAUCUUGGUGUAUUUCAGCAAGGUCUUUGGAAGUAUGAGUUCUGCCCGCAGUUUUGUCAAAUUUCCCCAGGUGCUGAUCUUUUUUAUUUUCGGAACUAUGGACGGCAACUACUAUAGACGUAGAGGAUUUUCCUCCUGCUAACUGGUCUCCAUCCUCAUCUUCCACAUCUUAUGAAGAUGCGUUAAUUCGAGCCUAUGUUUCUCCAUCACUUGCUGUAAUCAUGAGCCUGUCUCCACUAUUCGAUUCUCCUGCACCUGAUCUUCAAGAGCCCACUUUGGUGAACGUAAACUUGCGUGGUUGGAUGGACUACUACAAAUGGCGAGGUCUUUGUUCUUUUGAGGAACAGAUUCUUUCUAAUCCUCUCGCAUUAUUAUUACACUGGCCUCUUACUCUUUACCACAUUGUAGCUCACAAACUUCCAUAUUUGAAUCCUUUCUGCAUCCCGAAAAUCUUGAUUAAUCGGAAGUUAAUCAUUCACUUGAUAGGCGUUGAAAAGGAGCUGUCUCUGUUACCAAUAUUCAAAGAACUUGAUUAUUUGUUCAAAUCUCAACUUCGAAUACAUAUUUACUUUAUUGGGCAGCAUUUCGAUGCUACAGCUGACAAAACUGUUUAUCAUCUUUCAUCACGAUUGUCCAUUAGUGUUUGGAGUGGAUUGUAUCAUGAAUUUUUGUAUGCUCGAAAAAUGACAGGGGAAACUCCUGACUUAAUAGUUGGUUUCAAUGCUGGUCUUGCUGCAUAUUCCACUUGGCCUGCGUCGCUGUCAGCUAUUGCCGAAAUGGGUGUACCAGCCUUCUUCACAGACUCAUGUCUUUAUAGUUCAUUGUGGGGAUUUCAAGUGACAAGUUCUUUGGGUUUAGGACCUAGUCAACCAGAUUCUAUCGUUGGAGAUGAUUAUAAGCCUGGUAAUGUGGAAAAUCAAUCAUGCAUUACUAUGAAUCCAUUUCGAAGUCCUAUUCGUAUCGAAGCUCCUGGUGUACGAUGGGGUUGGUUUUCAAAUGCUUUUAUAUUCUCGCCUUUUUAUCCUAUGGAUUAUUUACGACAGCGAUCUGAUUUACCACUGCGAAUGGCUUCAAUGAAUGUGUAGAUAGUCUUCUAUUUUAUUUUCAGUGAUUGAUUUCGCCAUAUUCUUUAAUUUACUUCCUGAACUUCACUGGUCAGCAUUAUAGUGUUUCCUUUACAACUUAUAAUGUGUUACACUGACUUAGUUACAGCAUUUUGAGAGAACGGGUUUUCUCUUAAGAAUGCAUAUGAUUUGACUAUUUUAAUGCUUUUGUUCAAAUUCUGUCUUACGUUUUCUGUAAUUUCAUUUUGAUUCCGAAAUAAAUUAUAUUUUGUUUUUUCUUA